AUGGGUCAACAGGUAGGACCUGAAGUGGAACCAGAAGAGUAUGUGGUAACUGAUUACGAAUAUGACGAGUCUGACCGGGAGUCAGAUGAAGGAAAGGACAUUGAGGAGGCGUGCAAUGAACCCUAUCUAUCGAAAGCCCCAUCAGAUCCACGUGCGGUUCAGAGGGGUGAUGCAUACCAUUUAUGCUCUCUUGAGGAAGAAAUAACAAAUCUCAAGCGUCAACUCUUUGCGACCGAAGCAAGGGCUGUACGAGCCGAGCAAAGGGUAGAAGUAAUCACCCAAGAGGCAAACGAACUGGCUGAACUUCUAAUACGUCAACUCGAUGAUUGA